AUGCCUCGAAAGCUCCGGGCGGCCGCCCAAGCGGCUGCCAAGUCCAUGAAAAACAUCCCGACCCUCCCGGACCUCUCCGACGACGAAAUGGUAGAUGCGCCGCCAUCGCAGCCCUCCUCGCCAGCUUUGGAAGAGCCGGACUCGCCCGACAACGACCCCGACGUGGAGCCCGAAGCCGAUGAGCCGGACGCGGAGGAAGCGCAGGCUGAGACGCCCGGGGAAUCCAAGGAAGACGUGACCGGCGCAACACCCGCAGUCGACGAUACGACACAGCUGGACGGCGCGACAGACACACCCACUCACGGGAUUGGCCGCCCCGCCAUCCCGCGCAAACGCCGCCUCGGCCGCCCACCCAAGAACCGCCCGCCAGACUGGGAUGCGCCAGACGGUUCGCAGACCCCAAUUCGCGUCACCACCCCCGUCAAGCGGCGGCGAGGUCGUCCCGCCGCUAGUGGUGGCCGCUGGGCGCGAAACCGGGGGCCCUCGCACAACACCCAGGUCCCCGUGGACAAGGAAGGGAACAUGAUGGACGUGAUCGGGGACGAAGUCGCGCUUCCCCCGAACCCCGUGGGCGACAGCAAGGUCGACGAGAAUGGCCAUCUUCUCGGAGGCCGGGAGUACCGUGUCCGCACUUUUACCAUCCUUAACCGCGAUGACAAGUUGUACAUGCUGUCGACCGAGCCGGCACGAUGCAUCGGCUUCCGCGAUUCCUAUCUCUUCUUCCAGAAGCACAAGAUGUUGUACAAGAUCAUUAUCGACGACGAUGCGAAGCGCGAUCUCAUCGAGCGAGACAUCAUCCCGCACUCGUAUAAGGGUCGUGCCAUUGGUGUGGUUACUGCGCGCUCGGUGUUCCGCGAGUUCGGCGCAAAGAUCAUCGUGGGCGGCAAGAAGAUCUACGACGACUACGAUGAGCAGGCUGCCCGCGAGCGCGGCGACAUCGAGGGCGAGCUCGCGGUGCCGGAGGACAAACUGCCUGGCCCCGGAGAGCCAUACAACCGAAACCAGUACGUCGCCUGGCACGGCGCCAGCAGCGUUUACCACACGAACGCCCCCUCGGUGCCCAUGGCCGGUGGAAAGCCCGUCGAUCCCAAAAAGCGACGGAUUCCAGUAACAGACGAGAACUGGAUGCUAGAGCACGCUCGCGCCGCGAGCCAAUACAACUCUAAGCUCGCCGAAAUGCGCCGCGCCACGAUGGGCGGCAUCUACGAUGUCCACACCAACGCCAUGCAAUACCCACAAAUCAUGCAGCCAACCCACGCUCGCUGGGAGCGCGUGCCGCCCGCCGACACCCGCAGCACCGCCGAGCUCAUGACCGACAUCGACUCCGCCGCCAAACCCGACGGCCAGCACCAGAACCAGAAUCCCACCCCCACUAUUUUCCCGCCCGUCCCUCCCCACAUCUCCAGCCGCUACGUCGUCACAGAUAUCGUCUAUGAAUCGCCGCCAUACUCGAACAUGGGUGUCCCAGGCCCGGACGGCGACCUGCGCAACUUGUCCCCCAACGGCCUGGUCAGCAUGGCGAACCCCAGGCAUCCGGAGUUCAUGACGCCUGAGAUCGUCGCCCUCCUGCCGGACGACUGUAAGGAAGCGAUGCUCGAUGCGGCGGCUCGCGAGGCCCACUGGAAGUCCAAGUGGUCAAAUGAGACCGACGACGGGCUGCGCGCGCGGCCGUCAAAGAGUUAUGCGUGGUACCCUUGA